AUGGAGUCUUCCCCACCACCUUUCGAGGGCGUUCCCAGCGCCAAUCCUCAAAAUUCUACCCCUGAAGAGCCCCAGAAAAGCACAGACCCUCCAACGUGCCCGAAACCCAGCCACCAUGCCUCUUCCGCCUCCUGUGCCUCUUCGGCGUCGUCUGCUUCUUCGCUGCGAACCUGUGUCCUUUCUUCUGGACUUCCAGAUCCGGCAAACCUUCCUCCGCUUUUGCCUCUCACUACCUCUCCAUUGUCUGCCGGAGUGUCCGGCUCUCCAGCCACCGUACACAUCGACGCGUCUUCUAAGCGGCGGCGGCUGUUCCUCGGCGAGGACUGGGUCGAGAUCACGCCGCUCGGCGCCGGCUGCGAGGUAGGUCGCUCGUGCGUCAUCGCUCGGUACAAGGGCCUCACCGUGAUGUUUGACUGCGGGGUCCACCCCGCCUACAGCGGGUUGGGGGCGUUGCCGAUUUUUGACGCGGUGGACAUGACCAGCGUGGACGUCUGUCUUGUCACACACUUCCACCUAGACCACUGCGGAGCUUUGCCUUACCUUGUGACGAAGACAGCAUUUCGCGGCCGUGUCUUCAUGACAGAACCAACUCGAGUGAUUUCCAAGCUCGUCUGGCUGGACUACGCGCGCAUGAGCGCUUUCUCCCAAGGGUCACGGGACAACCAGGGUGCUGCUGCUGCUCAGGCGGCCGCGGGCAGCCAGGCGGAGAAGGCCGGCGGGGCAUUUUUGUACGAUGAAGACGACGUGGACGCGACGGUUCGGAUGGUCGAGUGUCUCGACUUUCACCAGCAAGUUGAGGUGGGUGGGAUCAAGGUCUCCUGCUUCGGCGCGGGCCACGUCCUCGGUGCAUGCAUGUUUCUCAUUGAGAUCGGCGGUGUCCGCAUGCUGUACACGGGCGACUUCAGUCGUGAGAGCGACAGACACGUGCCGAUUGCGGAGGUGCCUCCCGUCGACGUCCAACUCCUGAUCUGUGAAAGCACUUACGGAAUCCAUGUGCACGAUGACCGGCAGCUCCGCGAGCGCCGGUUCCUCAAAGCCGUCGUAGAUAUCGUGAAUCGCGGUGGGAAGUGUCUGCUGCCGGUCUUCGCGCUCGGUCGCGCCCAAGAGCUUCUCCUCAUCCUCGAGGAAUACUGGACUGCGCAUCCGGAAAUCCGCCACGUCCCCAUCCUCUUCCUCUCGCCGCUGUCCAGCAAGUGCGCCGUCGUUUUCGACGCCUUCGUGGACAUGUGCGGCGAGGCGGUACGCAGCCGCGCGCUUCGGGGCGAGAACCCGUUUGCGUUCCGGUUCGUGAAGAACGUAAAGAGCGUGGAGGCCGCUCGCGUGUACAUCCACCACGACGGCCCCGCGGUCGUCAUGGCAGCGCCGGGCAUGCUACAGAGUGGCGCCAGUCGGGAGAUCUUCGAGGCCUGGGCGCCGGAUGCGAAGAACGGUGUGAUUCUGACUGGGUACUCGGUGAAGGGGACACUGGCAGACGAGCUGAAGCGAGAACCCGAGACGAUUCAACUUCCAGACCGCGUGCUGCGGCGCAGGUGCUCCUUCGAGAUGAUCUCCUUCAGCGCCCACUCCGACUACCAGCAGACACAAGAGUUCAUUGGGAAGCUGAAGGUCCCGAAUGUCGUCCUCGUUCACGGAGAGCGCGGAGAAAUGCGCAGACUGAAGGAGAAACUCGAGGAAGAGCGACCCGCGUUGUCUGUCUUCACGCCGGAAAUCUUGCAGAAAGUCAGUCUGCAGUUCACCCCGUCUAGAUGCGUGGUUGCAGCGGGAAAACUCGCAGACGACAUCCAAAGACUCGCCGAAAGAAGCGACGCGGUGAGCACCGCAGACCGGGAGAGCGCGGGCGGAUACGUGAAGGCCCAGAGUGCACAGAGGUGCGGUGAAGAAGACGACGGCGAAGAGAAGAAAGGAAAUGAAAGGGAAACGACGAGCUUUUCCUCAGACGCCUCUCGAAGUCAAGGGCAAGCCGCUGUUACAGGAGAAAGCGGAGAAGGGAGGGCUCUGGAAAUUGUGGAAAAAGGGUCUGAUCAAGGAGUUGAAACUGUGCAAACAGUCGAAGGUGUAGUCGUGGUCCAGGAAGGGCAGCAGCCGCUUCUGCUGUAUCCGGAAGACCUGACGACCAACGGGCGAAUUCCUGUGACUCAACUGAGACAGAAACUCCGCCUUCCUUUUAUAAGGCCUCUCGGGACGCUCCGUCAGGCGCUUUUGCAGAUCUUUGAGGACAUCGAAGACGACGAGGUGGGGACUUCUGCAGGACGAGGAAAGUGGGAAGAUGACGCUGUGCGGGACGAAUCAGAAAAAGAGAAGAACCGGGUUCAUGCAGCGAGAUCUACACAGCUGGAUGCCGGGAGUGGUGGCUCCGAGACUUUUGACCGCGGAAGCGAAUGCGUGAAGACGACAGACAGGGAAAAAAGAGGAAGAGACGAAGAAGAAGCAGGGAGUUGUGCUUCUUUGCGUGGAGAUGCAACUGUGUACAAAAAGCAGGAGGUGGAGUCCGAUGCAUGCGCCGAGCUUGCGUUAGAGGAAAGGCACACGGGGCUCGAGGACGCCGGUUUUGUGGUAGGCAACGCCGUUCGGGUGUACAGACACCCGGAUCACCGUGGGGAGGUCGUAGUGGAGUGGCUCGCAGGACCGACAGCGGAUUUGAUUGCUGAUUCGGUCAGUUUCCUCGCCGUCGACCUCAUGCGUUCUUUGCCGAGCACAGCUGAGGAAAUGGUUUUUGCUUCUCGCGAAACGCAGAGCGAAGCCGUCAUCGUCGAUGUGCUUGUCUCUCACCUGGAACGACAAUUCGGCCCUGUCCAAGUUCUUCUCUCGUCGUCUGUCGAUGAGGGUGAAAGUACAGAGGCUGCAGCGCACAUGGGAGGACACACAGUCAAGUCUGAGGAAGAGAUCGACGACGCACGCUCCUCAGCAAACGCAGAAAAGCCGGACGCGUUGCAACUGCAAAGAGCGCAAGAGGAAGGCAAUGUGCUUCUCCGCUUCUCUGUGAGAGACUCGGGAGGCGCCUCGGGCACUGCUGGAAAUGCCAAGGACGCGAACAGUGAAAAGGAGAAGAACGACACGGAACUCAGAAAAAAACUCGAGGAAACAUAUCCUGACAACCUCAUUCCCGUCGAAAUCGAUAUGGCCAGCAGAACUGUCCGUUGCCGAAACCAAGAGUUGCGGCAGAAGAUUCACGCAAUGGUGCGGAGGAUCGAAUCUGCGCUUCUCCCCCUUCCGCUUUCCUAG